UGUCAGGUAACUCAACUCCUCUCUGAUGUCAUGAAAAGUAAUUGAAACCUUGCUGAAGGCUGCAGCCAUGGAGCCGACCGGAUCCCCGCCUCUCACCGGACAAAAAUUCCGCUAUGGGGAGAAGAUCGGCUGUGGGAACAUGGCGCACAUACUGUGGAUUAACUUUGCACCAGAGGAACUUUGGAGCACAGACACAUAGCGCACAAAGCUCCGCAGUGGCAGAGGAUCUGUGAGUGGACUCCACAGACUGCGGGUUGUUCACUGGGGGUUAUUGUUUUGGAUGGUGGCUGUGGGUUUUCCUGUCCUGCCCCACUGUCGGUGUAGGAUGAAAGUUUGGAGCUGCUGUCGCCGGAUUUAGCAGAGAUGGAAAAGCAAAGACCGAGGAAAGAAAAGUUCUCUCUAUUUGGUUCCCGCUCCACGGCCAAGACCACCAACCCCCCCUCUUCAUCCUACUCCUCAUCCUCUCCUGUGAUCCCUCCAGCCCAGAUGGUGAAAAAGGCCGAUCGUUACUUGGUUUCAGGUCCUGGACUAAGCAAAGCAGAGUUCCUGGAGCGUGUGCGUCGCAGUAACCAGGCCUGCCAACAGGGGGAGUACGCUUUGGCUGUGCGUCUUUACACCGAGGCCCUGACCGCUGACCCCCAAAACUGUAUCUUAUACAGUAACCGCUCGGCUGCCUAUCUCAGACUAGGCCAGUACAGCACCGCUCUGGACGAUGCAAUCAAAGCACGUCUCAUCAACCCCAAAUGGCCCAAGGCCUACUUUCGCCAGGGGGUUGCCCUUCAGUACCUGGGUCGCCAUGCAGACGCCCUGGCCGCAUUCGCCUCUGGCCUCGCCCAGGACCCCAAGAGUCUCCAGCUGCUGGUUGGCAUGGUGGAGGCUGCCAUGAAAUCACCCCUCAGAGAUUCACUUGAACCCACCUACCAACAGCUCCAGAAGAUGAAGCUGGACAAGAGCCCGUUCGUGGUUGUGUCCGUCAUCGGUCAGGAGCUGCUGACCCAUGGUUUCCACGGAGCCUCUGUGGUGGUUCUUGAGGCGGGGCUGAAGAUCGGCACGUGCUCGCUAAAGCUCCGCGGAUCCGUCUUUUCAGCACUAAGCUCCGCCUACUGGUCUUUAGGCAACACAGAGAAGAGUAUGGCCUACAUGCAGCAGGACCUGGAGGUGACAAAGACUCUAGGGGAUCAGUCUGGUGAAUGCCGUACCCACGGGAACCUUGGCUCGGCACUCUUCUCCAAAGGCAACUACAGAGAAGCGCUGGCCAAUCACAGACACCAACUAGUUCUGGCCAUGAAGCUCAAAGACAGAGAAGCUGCAUCCACUGCUCUCAGCAGUCUGGGCCAUGUGUACACAGCCAUCGGCGACUAUCCCAACGCGCUGGCCAGCCACAAGCAGUGUGUACUGUUGGCGCGACAAACCCAGUGUCAAGUCUCUGAGGCUCGGCAACUGGGCAACAUGGGCGCAGUGUACACAGCACUGGGAGACUUCACUAAUGCUGUUCAGUGCCACGAACAACACUUGGACAUUGCAAAGACUUUAGAAAACCGCCGUGAGGAAGCACGGGCGUACAGUAACCUGGGCAGUGCCUAUCACUCUCAGCGGGACUUUGACAAGGCCAUAUCGUACCACACACGUGUCCUGGAGUUGGCGCAAGAGCUGACGGACAGAGCCAUCGAAAUGAGGGCAUAUGCUGGUCUGGGGCACGCUGCCCGCUGCAUGCAGGACCUGGAGAGGGCACGCCAGCAUCACCAAAACCAACUGGAGAUCGCUGAAGAGUUACAGGACAGAGCAGCACAAGGCCGGGCUUCAUCCAACCUGGGAAUCAUACACCAGAUGAAAGGGGAGUACGAGACAGCGCUGAAGCUCCACAAAUCCCACCUGUCAUUUGCUCAGGAGUUGGGUGAUUAUGCCGCCCAGGGCAGGGCCUACGGUAACAUGGGUAAUGCUUACCAUGCUCUCGGUGUCUAUGAUCAGGCUGUCCGGUACCACAGACAGGAACUACAGAUAUCACUAGAGGUGAAUGAUCGUCCAUCUCAGGCCUCCACACAUGGUAACCUCGCUGUGGCGUACCAGGCCCUGGGUGCUCACGACAGAGCUCUGCAACAUUAUCUUCACCAUCUGACCAUUGCACGAGAACUCCGUGAUACUCAGAGUGAAGCAAGAGCAUUAGCAAACUUGGGAAACUUCCACAGCUGGCGAGGUGAAUAUGCUCAGGCUUUGCCGUACUACCAGCAACACCUGACUUUGGCUCCAGGUUUACAGGAUCUGGAAGGAGAGGGAAAAGUUUGCCACAAUCUCGGCUAUGCUCACUACUGCCUGGGACAGUACAGAGACGCUGUCAGGUAUUAUGAACAGGACCUGGCCUUGGCUAAGGACCUCCAUGAUAAAUUAGCCCAAGCAAAAGCCUACUGUAACCUUGGUCUGGCUCACAAAGCGCUGGGGGAGUACAACAAAGCAGAGGAGUGUCAGAGAUACCUGCUCUCUCUUGCACAAGCCUUGGAUAACACACAGGCAGUUUUUAGGGCCUUUGGGAACCUUGGAGAUGUCUGUGUGUGUCGGGGCGAUCAUCCAGGAGCUGUGAGGUUCUACCAGCAGCAGCUAAGCCUCGCCCAAAAGGUCAACGAUCAGAAGAUGGAGGCGGAUGCAUACUCAGCUCUUGGAUCAGUUCACAGGCUGAUCCGCCAGCUGGAUACGGCCUUGUCCUUCCAUAGCCAGGAACUGACCGUCCGCAAGGAUCUAGGUGAUCAGCAGGGGGAGUGCCGUGCCCUUGGCCACCUGGCGGCGGUACAUAUGGCCCUGGGAGACUAUGCCACAACCUUUCAGUGCUAUGAGACUCAGUUAGGCCUGGCACAGGAGCUCAGGGACGCCCGUUUGGAAGCUCAGGUCCAUGGGAACAUGGGCAUCACCAAAAUGAACAUGGGGGUGUUUGAGGAAGCUAUUGGUUAUUUUGAGCAGCAGCUGGCCAUGCUGCAGCAGCUGAGUGGGACUGAGAGCAUGCUGGACAGAGGUCGGGCCUACGGCAACCUGGCAGACUGUUACGAUGCUUUGGGAGACUAUGAAGAGGCCAUCCAGUACUACGAGAAGUACCUGACUGUGGCUCAGAGUCUCAAUCAUGUCCAGGACCAGGAGAAAGCCUACAGAGGACUCGGCAAUGCACACAGGUCAAUGGGCAGUCUCCAGCAGGCACUGGUGUGCUUUGAGAAGCGUUUGGUGGUAGCCCAUGAGCUGGGUGGAGAAGGAGGGGGUAAGGCUCAAGCUUAUGGGGAGCUGGGCACCUUACACAGCCAGCUGGGAAACUAUGAGCAGGCCCUCUCUUGCCUGGAGCAUCAUCUUAACAUUGCCCGCACAGCAGGGGAUAAAUCCCUGGAAGCUGAGGCAAGUGAUGCACUUGGAGGCGUUUAUCAGCUGAUGGCAGACAACGAGACAGCAUUGCAGUGGCACCAAAGGGCUCUGAAUAUAGCAGAGCAGAAUGGAUGUGUGAGGAGCCAGGGCCGAGCCUAUGGAAACCUGGGGCUGACCUACGAAGCUUUGGGAAACUAUGAGAGGGCUGUGGUGUUUCAGGAGCAGAACCUGAGUGUAGCUGCACAGACCAACGACCUGACAGCUAAAACCCUGGCCUAUGGGUGUCUGGGAAGGAUACACCACGCCCUGCAAAACUAUGCACAGGCUGUGAUGUACCUGCAGGAAGGUCUGCGUCUGGCAGAGCAGUUAGGUCGAAAGGAAGAUGAAGCAAAGAUACGCCAUCGCCUGGGUUUGUCUCUUUGGGCCAGUGGAAACCUGGAAGAGGCACAGCACCAGUUAUACAGAGCAUCUGUGUUAUUCGAAACAAUCCGCCAUGAGACGCAGCACAGUACGGAUUACAAGCUCUCUCUGUUUGAUCUGCAAACCAGCUCGUACCAGGCUCUCCAGAGAGUUCUCGUCAGCCUAGGCCGUCAUGAUGAGGCACUGGCCAUAGCAGAACGAGGACGCACCCGUGCCUUUGCUGAUCUCCUGGUGGAACGCCAGAAGGGAACUCAACAAGCAUCAGGCGCUGACCCUUAUAUCCCAGUUACUGUUGAGAACAUCCUGGAGACGGUCAACAGUCAGAGGGCCAUGGUCCUCUACUAUUCUCUGGCUGGAGGUUUUCUAUACAGCUGGCUGAUCUCCCCUGGGACAGGUAUUGUGAAGUUCAACGAGGUGUAUCUCGGAGAGGCUGAGUUCCAGGAUGGUGGUGGGAGCCCACAGGGUGGAGGAACCAGUGGAGGUCCACUGUCUUUGGAGCAGUACGUCUCCAACGCUAGAGAGGCUCUGGGAGUGGACAGCCAUUACAGCAGAGUUGGCUCGAGCAGUGAGACGGAGAGUGAAGCAGGAGAUCUGCUGGAGCAACAGUUUGAGGAGCUGAACAACAAACUCACAUCAGCCACUGACCCCACUGGCUACCUGCGCAUGGUGUCCAGAAAUAACGUCUUUAACAGAAGCUGUCAGAGUAUGACCAGUUUGUACAGCGCCACAGUGUCUCCAGUGAAAGAUAGUCUGUCAUCACCUCAUUACCGACCGGCUAACAUUGGAAAACCUCCCCUGCGAGCCCUGUAUGACCUACUCAUAGCACCAAUGGAAGGGGGUCUGAUGCACAGUAGUGGACCUGUGGGCAGACACAGACAGCUUGUAUUGGUGCUGGAGGGAGAAUUGUACCUGAUCCCAUUUGCUUUGCUCAAAGGCAGCUCCUCUAAUGAAUACCUUUAUGAACGGUUCAGUCUGAUUUCAGUACCUUCUUUAGCCAGCCUAGGAGCCACGGUUAAGGCUCAUCCUCGCCGUGGUGGUCCAGUACUUUGUUCCGAUGGAGGGUCAGUGGCAGCAGUCAUCGGAGCUCCUCGUCUUCCCCCAAGUGUGAUGGACCGCUGGCUGUGGGGUCCAUUACCCUCAGCCCAAGACGAGGCUCUCUGGCUAGGAGAUCAGCUGGGAUGUCACCCCUUGACUGGCGGCAGUGCCACAAAAGAGCGUGUACUAGCAGCUUUAAGUCAGGCAGAGUGUGUCCACUUUGCGACUCACGUAUCCUGGAAGCUCGCUGCGCUAGUCCUGGCCCCCAGUCAGGAGCAUGUCCGAGGAGAGAGGGCAGGUGGGAGGGCCAAGGAGAGGUCGCUGUGUGGGGCGUCGACAUUGGGUGAGACAGCCGAUCAGGAUGGAAGGGUUAAGAAGAGUCACAGCAGCCCAGAGAGACUGAGGGGUGCCGAUGAAAUGAGCGAAGAUGGGGAAAGCAUGUGUGAAGCAGAGAGUGUGUGCGACAGUCCAUCGCUUCAGGACUUCCUCCUCACUGCUGCUGAUAUACUGGACCUGUGCUUGACGGUCAAGUUAGUCGUUUUAAGGUUGUAUCCCGAGUCCAGCAGCAGGGUGACGGCUGACGGAGUGGUGGGUCUGACUCGAGCCUUCCUGGCUGCAGGGGUCCAGUGUGUGUGCGUCUCUUUGUGGCCUGUACCAAUUGCUGCCUCCAAACUGUUUACUCACACCUUUUACACAGCGCUUCUCAACGGGACCAAAGCCAGCGCAGCACUGACAGAGGCCAUGAAGACACUACAGAGCAGCAAGCACUUCUCACAUCCCUCUAACUGGGCUGGUUACAUGCUGAUUGGCAGUGAUGUGAAGCUGAACAGCCCCAUGUCACUGGUUGGUCAAGCCCUGACAGAGAUCCUCCAGUACCCAGAGAGGGCCAGGGACGCCCUCAGAGUACUCCUGCAUUUGGUUGAAAAAUCUUUACAACGCAUUCAGAGCGGUCAGAGUAAUCCCAUGUACACAUCACAGCAAAGUGUCGAGAAUAAGGUUGGCGGGGUGCCUGGGUGGCAAGCCCUCCUAUCUGCAGUGGGUUUCCGGUUGGACUUCUCUGGCAGUGGUGCUGGUCUCCCUGCAGCGGUUUUCUUCCCUACUUCAGACCCUGGGGAUCGGCUUCAACAGUGCAGCACCACUCUGCAGUCCCUGCUCGGUCUUACUCCUGCUGCUCUGCAGGCUCUGUGUAAACUGGUCACAGCAUGUGAAGCAGGAGAGCAGCUCAUCCAUAAGGCGGUUAAGAGCAUGGUAGGAAUGCUACACCAGGUGCUGGUGCAAUUACAGUCAGGUGACAAAGAGCAGGACUUCUCACUGGCUCCUAUUCAAGUGUCGAUAAGUGUCCAGCUCUGGAGGCUUCCAGGCUGCCAUGAGUUCCUGGCUGCACUUGGGUUUGAUCUUUGUGAAGUUGGUCAGGAGGAAGUUGUGUUGAAAACGGGAAAGCAGGCCAGCAGGCGCACCAUGCAUUUUGCCCUACAGUCUCUCCUUGCGCUCUUUGACUCUACAGAGCUUCCCAAGCGGCUGAGCAUGGACAGUUCCUCUUCCUUAGAGUCUCUGUCAUCGUCCCAGUCAACAUCACAGCCACACUCCCUACCCCUCUCCUUUGGUUGUUACCCACCACAGCCCUCUUUCUUACCACCCGUUUGCCCCGACAACCUGUCGUGCGAUGCGAUCUCUGUCUACAGCCUCAGUUCCCUCGCGUCGUCACUCAGUUUUCUGUCCAGACCAGAACCUGCAGGAAGUGACAUCAUCAGCCAGCGAUCAAACCAACAGGACCAACCUCGUGGAGGAGCUGGCCUUUACAGCUCACAUCGCCAUGCGGGUGGCCUGUCAAGAGGCCGACUGACCAGUCACGGAGGGGGAUUGGCAGGAGACAGAGACGAAGAGGAGUAUGAGGGUUACUCCAUUAUAAGCAGUGAGCCAUUAGGACGAGGGGGAAGGGAAUGUGACACGCUUCCUCUACCUGCGGGACACCGACAUGCCAGAGGCGCUGCUGGGAGAGGAUCUACUGGGGGUCAUGGGUAUCCUAUUACAGUUUCCUCAAAGGGAAGCAUUAGCACACCUACAUCUCCAAUUAAAGCUCCAACACUGCCUUUGAAAGUUCCCUCAAGCCCCAAGCCCAUUCCAUCUCCUCAGAGAACUGGGAAAGGGAAGGUGAGCAGCUCUGAGUCAGACCAGUCUAGUACUGAGACAGACAGCACAGUGAAGUCCCAGGAGGAGAGGACAGGCCCUGCAGGACACCUUGAUCCCCAGGAACUGGCCCAGAAGAUUCUGGAGGAGACCCAAAGCCACAUGCAAGCUGUGGAGAAUCUGCAGAAAGCAAACACCAGAGGGAAGACACUGAGGGGGUCUGAGGGAAAAGAAGAUUCAGGUAGCAGACAGCCAUCUCUCUCUACGCCCACCACCCCAACUCUGAGUCCCACUGGAGGACCACGAGGGUUUCAGCCCUCUGAGACCAGUGCAUUUAGCAGACCCCCAAGCAGAGCUAGUUUAAAGGCCUGCUCCUCUCCUCUUUCCCUCUCUAGUCAUCUCUCGCCCCUCUCCACUUCUGUUUCAACACCUCCUCCUACUCGACCCAGACCUCCAUCCCGCUCCUCAUCACUGCAGAAAAUCAGUUCAGGCAGUCCAGCUCAUUCAUCUCCUUCCCAAACUCUCUCUGGAAAAGAGAAGACAGUUUCCCCAGAUGUGCAUGCACAGGCUCAAGUCAAACUAAAAUACCCUACCUCAGCAUAUACGCCCCACAUCUCACCUUCCCGCUCCUCCAGUAACCUCUCCAUCUCUCCCGUCUGCAGAAACCCCUCUCCUGCUGGAAGUGCCCCUUCUCCAGCUCUUUCUUACUCGUCCACAGGCUCUGUUUCUGCCUCUUCCAGCCCUGCAAACACUCCCGAACUGAAUCAGUCCAAACAGGAUAAUAAAGUCCAGGCAAUCCACAACUUGAAAACCUUUUGGGCCAGCGCAGCCCAGAAACACGAGGUGCGCUGCCCGGCCAGUUUGCUCCAAGGGGGGAAUAAGAAAAUGAGUACAGUUCAGAAGGACGUUUUGGGUUUGCUCAAUCUCUCACCUAGACAUGAGUCUAUCCACAAACAUGGAGAGAGACCAGAGGAUCACAACUCUGAUGGCAGACCUAAUGGUCACCAAAAACUAGAGGCUAAACCACCUCCACCCCCAUCCUCUAAUCUUCCUACAAACAAUAAAGGAGGCCUCAAACUUCCUUCUGGGAAUGGUUACAAGUUUGUUUCACCAGGACAUUUCUUUCCAUCUUCUAAAUGUUAAGUUUGGUUUAGUAUUUGCCAUGCUGUUCGCAGAGUCAGUUGGCCAAAUUUAUGUUUUGUUUUUGGUGUAUGAGAAAAGUUGUCUGUUUGUUAACAAAAUACAACCAGAUUCUAGCAAUACCUGCUGAAGAAAAGGAAAAAAGUAAAGUGUGACACUGAGAGAUUUUAUGUCAUUACUUUUUAGUGAAGGGACAAAACAUUCAUGUUUUGAAUGUGAUGAUUGUGCCUUCUUACGGAGAGAGCUGGAAGGACAAAAUAACUCUGCUGUACAGUAAGAAUAAUGUUUAUUUCUAGCUUUAAUUGUGUUUCCCUGACUGACAAGAGAGCAUGUGUCUCAAUGGCUCCAUGUACACUGAAAAUAAAUUUUGACUUGCAGACUGAAUGCCUGUUACCAGUACAGAGAGGAGGAGAUCAUUUUUAUGUCAAACUAAAACGCUCGCUAUAUUUGUGUAAGCUGACCUUAAAUGGAUUUUGAUUUAUUGAGUAAUAAUUAUUGUUAAAUGUCAUUAUCAAGGCUUAUUGUUGUCAUUUAUUUUGUAAAGUAUACUGUGUUUUCCAGUCAUUGUUACACAUUUUAUAAAAACAAUUAAACCAAGAAAGCCCAAUGAAAAAAAUCUUCAGAUAUUUCUUCUUUAAUAUGGUUGAACCUCUUGCUUUUAU